GCAGCAGUGGUGCCGGUCGCAGGAGCCGGCGGCGGAGCCAUGGCGGGGGCCCCGCAGGAGAACACGCUGCUCCACCUCUUCGCUGGGGGGUGUGGGGGUACAGUUGGUGCCAUUGUUACAUGUCCUUUAGAAGUAAUAAAGACCAGGCUCCAGUCUUCAAGGCUAGCGUUCCGGACUGUCUACUAUCCUCAAGUCCAGUUGGGGACGAUCAGUGGGGAAGGAAUGGUCAGGCCGACAUCUGUAUCACCUGGACUUCUCCGGGUUCUAAAGUCAAUUUUGGAGAAAGAAGGACCAAAGUCACUCUUCCGAGGAUUGGGUCCAAACUUGGUUGGAGUGGCGCCAUCAAGGGCGGUCUACUUUGCAUGCUACUCCAAAGCCAAGGAGCGAUUUAAUGGCAUUUUUGUGCCCAACAGCAACAUUGUGCACAUUUGCUCAGCAGGCUCUGCAGCUUUUGUCACAAAUUCCCUGAUGAACCCUAUAUGGAUGGUGAAAACCAGAAUGCAGCUGGAGCGGAAAGUCAGGGGUUCAAAGCCGAUGAAUGCUUUGCAGUGUGCUAGAUACGUUUACCAGACAGAAGGGGUCCGUGGUUUUUACAGAGGCUUGACAGCCUCCUAUGCUGGGAUUUCGGAGACCAUUAUCUGCUUUGCUAUUUAUGAAAGUUUAAAGAAGCACCUGAAGGAUGUCCAGCUGCCCCCUUCCCCUACUAAUGGGACCAAGAGGACCUCCACAAACUUUUUUGGACUGAUGUUUGCUGCUGCUGUUUCUAAGGGCUGUGCCUCCUGUAUUGCUUAUCCGCAUGAGGUCAUACGGACAAGACUGCGAGAGGAAGGCACAAAAUACAAGACUUUCUUUCAGACGGCUCGUCUGGUAGCACGUGAGGAAGGCUACCUGGCUUUCUAUAGAGGACUCUUUGCGCAGCUCAUCAGGCAGAUACCAAACACAGCCAUUGUGUUGUCCACCUAUGAGCUAAUUGUGUACCUGUUGGAAGACCACACUAAGUAGCAGAGCCAGGGAGCAUCCUCUGGAAAAUAAAAACUGACAUUGAGCAAAUAGUCAUUAAGAGACUGAUACAGGUGAUGAAGAUGGAGAAUAGCUAUGAGUCUCUGAUCACCUGCUGGACACUUUUCCUUUUGGAUUCAUGCUUUCUGGAAGGUUUCAACUCAUUAACGUUAAUAGUUAAUUAUAACUUUUUAACUUAAGGAGAGAUGAUUCAGAAUUAAACUGCUACUAAAUUAAAUCAUGCUAUUUAAUUUGUAUGUUUUGGUUGUCCUUUUCUUUAAGCACAGGUAUAUGUGGCAUAUAUGUACCUGUGCUAUUGAGAUGUUUCUUGGAUUGAUAGUCAUUAAAACUGUAUUGAAGUGGGAGAGGAACUGGUUUGGAGUCUGAAACUGAGAUCUCCUACUACUGGUGUCACAAAAUAUUAUUUUCCAGAAGUAUUGAGUCCUAAGACCUUUCAGUGUGCUUCGUGGCUGAUUCAUGGGUGUAAUAUUCAUCACCCAUGUGAGCUUUCAGAAUGGGGUACUGAGCACAGUGAGGCAGCUUUGUAACACGCAACUUGACCGGUAUAAAAUGUUCAUGCCGGAAUCUCCUGGAUGAGCCACUCUAUUGGAAGACAUUCCUGUAAAGGUUAAGGAAAAUAGCUUCCCUGAGAGAAACUUAAACUCUACGUGGGAGGGCACCUAAUUGAAUGUUUGCAUCAUU